AUGGCCGACCAAUCCGACAUCCACCUGUACACUGCCCAGACGCCCAACGGCAUCAAAGCCUCCAUCGUGCUGGAGGAGCUGGGGUUGAAGUACAAGGUCAGCGCGAUUGACUUGAGCAAGAACACCCAGAAGGAGCCGUGGUUUCUGGACAUCAACCCCAAUGGACGCAUUCCCGCGUUGACGGACACGUUCACCGAUGGGAAGCCCAUCAGGCUGUUUGAGAGCGCUUCCAUCAUGCAGUACCUGGUCGACCGGUACGAUAAGGAUCACAAGAUCUCUUACCCACAUGGGAGCAGGGAGUACUACGAGGUCAACAGCUGGCUCAUGUGGCAAAUGGGCGGCUUGGGGCCGAUGCAGGGACAACUGAACCACUUCAACCGCUACGCUCCCGCGAAGAUCCAGUACGGCAUCGACCGCUACAAGGGCGAGACCCGCCGCCUCUACCGGACCAUGGAGAACGAGCUGAAGAAGUCGAAGUCCGGGUACCUUGUGGGCGACCGCUGCACACUCGCGGACAUCGCCAGCUGGGGCUGGGUGGCCGUAGCCAAAUCGUCCGGCGUCGACAUCGACGAGUUCCCCACGCUCAAGGCGUGGGUUGAGCGCAUGCUGAAGCGCCCCGGUCUCGAGAAGGGCCGCCAGGUGCCCUCGACUCAUCCGUAUGAGAAUAUCCAGGCGAUGACUGAGGAGGAUUUUGAGAAGAAGGCUGCGGAGAAUCGGGAGUGGAUCCUGAAGGGCAUGAAGGAGGAGCAGAAGUAA